AUGACACGAAAGAGAACAUUUUCGUUACGAACACAACUGUUCAAUAAGCAGCUCCACGAUAAAAUUCAAAGGGAUUACGAAGUGGAAUCUCAUAUGGAUGAUAUCGAGACUGAAUCGCGCCAGAGUCAGGGCGGAAAACCUAGCAUUGACAUCAACAAUCUAUUAAAUUGGCUUCUAAGACGUAACAAGAAUCGCCGUUCCGAGUCUGGUAGGAGGAUACCUGUGAGUGUAGAUCACUCUGAUGGAACUUAUCGUGAAUUCACCGGGGAUUACGGAGAUUUGCUCAUAGAUGAGCGAAACUCAAAACCUUACAAGUCUAAUGUCAUAACCUCUUCUCGAUAUACCAUUUACUCAUUUCUACCGCGUCAGCUCUAUGCCCAAUUCUCGCGGCUCGCGAACUCAUACUUUUUUUUGGUAGCGGUGCUGCAAAUGAUCCCUGGCUGGUCCACUACAGGAACGUACACCACUAUCAUUCCUCUUGUAAUCUUCAUGGGUAUAUCGAUGUCUCGAGAGGCGUGGGAUGACUUUCGCCGGCACAAGCUUGAUCGGGAGGAAAACAACAAGUCUGUGAAAGUGCUCACCAGAAACUCAGACGUAUCUGGAAUUGCGUCCGCGGGGCCCUAUCCUUCACAAGAUGGCCUAUACUCCUUGCCCCAAUGGCAGCGAACUGCAUCGUCAACAAGGGAAUUAAAUGCCGACACGGAUGACUUCCCAGAGGAAAUUUCCUCGUUACCAUUAGACUCCCAGCCCUUUACAAAUUGGAAAUUGUUACAAGCGUCCUACGGAGUUUCCAUCGUCGAGAAGCAGUGGAAAGACGUCAAAGUUGGGGAGUAUGUUCUUCUUUGUCAAGAUGAAUGGGUGCCCGCUGAUAUGUUGAUUCUGACGAGCGAUGGUGAUAAUAACGAUUGCUUUGUUGAAACGAUGGCAUUGGAUGGAGAAACUAAUUUGAAAAACAGACAACCUCUCAAAGAAGUCAGUGAGAGAACUAGUACAGUUUCAGGCUUAGCUCAGUUUAAGGCUAAGAUAACAGUGGAGGACCCCAACAACGAUUUGCAUAAUUUCGAAGGUAAUCUGGAAUUGCUGGGCGACAAUAAGAAAAUCACUAUUACUUCGGACAACAUUGUUUACAGAGGAAGUAUUAUUAGGAACACACAGAAUGCUAUUGGCAUGGUUGUUUUCACCGGAGAAGAAACCAAGAUACGCAUGAAUGCCAUCAAAAACCCAAGGAUUAAAGCACCUAAACUUCAAAGAGCCAUCAACUUGAUUGUUUUAUUUAUGGUUUUUGUGGUUGCAGCCAUGUCUUUAUUUUCAUUCAUGGGCCAAAGAUUUUUAAAGAAACGGUGGGUAGACAACAAUAAUGCCUGGUAUCUUUUUAAUCAAGAUGCUGGCGUUGCGCCUACGGUAAUGUCCUUCAUAAUCAUGUACAACACCUUGAUUCCUCUUUCUUUGUAUGUGACGAUGGAAAUUAUCAAAGCUAUGCAAAGUAAACUGAUGGAGUGGGAUAUUGACAUGUAUCACAAGGCGUCUAACACCCCUUGCGAAUCUCGAACGGCUACUAUUCUAGAAGAGCUGGGGCAAGUCUCUUACAUCUUUAGUGAUAAGACGGGAACACUGACAGAUAAUAAAAUGGUGUUCAGGGCCUUCUCUAUUUGUGGGAUAUCAUGGGUACAUGAAGCAGAUAAAACAACUGAUUCACUAAGCAGUGUCAAAUCUAACGAUAGUCAGAAUAUUGAUGUUGUCUCCGUUGAUGAUAGAAGUUUUCUUCAGCACUUUCAUCCAAGUACCUCUGCUGCCUCUCGAAAGACUUCGAUAGAAUACAAGGGCAAUAGUUCUGCUACAUAUACCGGCAGGCCAAGCAUGGCGUCUCGUAUACAACCCAAAAGAAGUAUAGAAGACACGAGCUUCAAUCCCGACGACGGGAGCAGAAACGAAAGUACCCAAGAAUUGGCAAAAUCGUCAGUUGCGCUUAUUAGCUAUAUUCAAAGGAACCCUGGUACUUAUUACAGCGAAAAGACUAAAUUUUUCAUUUUAGCGCUAGCGUUGUGCCACUCGUGCUUGCCUAAAAAGGCCUCCGUUAUAGAGGACGAAGAUGAUAGAAUUGAAUAUCAAGCAUCGUCCCCUGAUGAGUUAGCCCUGGUAACUGCAGCUCGUGACAUGGGAUAUGUGGUCAUGAAUAGGAAUGCCAACAUACUCUCAAUAAAAUCAUAUCCUGGUGGGUUUGACAAUGAGCCAAUAACUGAAGAUUAUGAAAUUUUGAACGUCAUUGACUUUAGCUCUGACCGCAAAAGAAUGUCCGUCUUGGUUCGUCUUUCCCAACAGCCACAUCGCGUUCUUUUGAUUUGCAAAGGCGCUGAUAACGUCAUUCUGAACCGACUUCACAACAGCGACAUGGCAACCCAAAAAGCCUCUGAGCUUCAAGAAACCACCAAUGAAAGAAAGACGGCAGAAGCAGAUCUAGUCUUGAAGCAAAGAAAAUCAUUUGAUUCGGCCAUCAAUGGCCGUCACAGCGGAACUUUGAGACGCUCUUCCUCGCAAAGAGCUAGCAUGGCCAGAAUGUCCCUUAAUGCCGUUAGGAGGAGCUUCUCAAGGAAAAGCCUGGGCAACGGAGGGGAUCCAGAAGGUCAAAUAAACUCCAUCGAUGACUUUCUCAGCAAUGUGGAAAAAGCAGACAAUGAGCUGAGUGAUAUUUUCUCUAGGAGUCGAAAGUCGUUGCACAAACAGCAGCAAGAGCGCUACGGACUGAAGGCACAAGGCUCAACAGAGGUUGACGCUAUCAAUUUUGCUUCCGACUUUGUGACUGAAACAUCCUCAACAGCACCUUUAAAGACGUCUAAGGACAAUAUCGAGGCUCUCCUUAGUGAUGAAACACUGUUAAAGAAUGAGGAGUAUGUAUUAGAAAGGACUCUUCAAGCGAUAGACGAGUUUUCAACAAAUGGCUUACGAACUCUUCUGUACAGCUAUAAAUGGAUUGACAUGGAAACAUAUGACAAGUGGGCAGAAGAAUAUAACGCAGCCAAAACUUCCCUGGACGGGAGAAAAGAGAAAAUUCACAUUAUAGGGGAAUCGGUUGAGCAAUCUCUUCGCUUGUUGGGCGCAACUGCUAUCGAAGAUAAACUGCAGGAGGGAGUAGCGGAUGCGAUCAAGAAGAUAAGGAGAGCAGGUAUCAAAAUGUGGAUGCUGACAGGCGACAAGCGGGAAACUGCUAUCAACAUUGGCUAUUCUUGUAAUCUUAUACACGACUACUCAACUGUUGUUAUUCUUUCCGCAGAAGACGAGAAUAUAUCUUCUAAGCUGACAGCCCUUACCCAAGAAAUUGAACGAGGAAAUGUCGCACAUUGUGUGGUUGUCAUCGACGGUACAACCUUGGCAAAAUUUGAGAGCAACCCGACUUUGAUGUCAGUUUUUGUCGAGUUAUGCACCAAAACUGAUUCCGUUAUAUGCUGCCGAGCGUCACCUUCUCAAAAAGCUCUCAUGGUAACCCACAUUAGAAAUACCGAUAAAAAAUUGGUAACCUUGGCUAUUGGGGAUGGUGCAAAUGAUAUUGCGAUGAUUCAAUCUGCUGACAUUGGAAUUGGCAUUGCUGGAAAGGAAGGUUUACAGGCCUCGAGAUCUUCAGAUUAUUCUAUUGGACAGUUCAGAUUUUUAUUGAAACUUCUUUUGGUACACGGACGUUACAACUACGUGCGGACAUCAAAAUUCGUUUUAUGCACUUUUUACAAAGAGCUGCUCUUUUAUAUCACACAAAUGAUUUAUCAGAGACAGACCUUAUUUUCGGGGACUUCGCUAUAUGAGCCAUGGUCUCUAUCGAUGUUCAACACUCUAUUCACCUCUCUUCCCGUUUUAUGCAUCGGCAUGUUCGAAAAGGAUCUGAAGCCCAUGACCCUUUUGGCCAUACCUGAACUUUAUGCAAUGGGACGCAGGUCAGAGUGUUUCAACAUAAAGGUUUUCCUCUACUGGAUGUUAUUGGCUGCUAUCAACUCUGUACUGAUUACAUUUCUAAAUUUGAAGAUUUGGGGGGUUUCUUCCCUUUCGGAUAACACAAUUUAUCCAAUUGGCGUCAUUAAUUUCACUGCGAUCGUCACACUAAUUAAUGUCAAGUGCCAAUUAUUGGAGACACACAACCGAAAUAUAUUAGCUUUUGCAUCCUUGGUCAUUUCAAUAGGUGGUUGGCUUCUCUGGUGCUGCUUACUGCCAGGAAUUUAUUCAACAGAUGGCCCUUACGACGUUUUGGUUGGACUCUACCAUCAAUUCGGGGGUGAUAUAACAUUUUGGUGUACCUGCUUGGUUUUGGUUGCACUACCAAUGAUCAUCGAUGUUGUGAGCAAGACCGUUAAGGUAAUGAUCAAGCCCUCAGAUUCGGAGGUGUUUGCCGAACUUGAACAGAGAGACGAAAUUCGCAAAAAAUUGGAGAUCAAAGCCUUUAAUGAAUUGAGGCAGGGUUGGACUUGGGAUAAAGACCGCAGCACAAUCACCAGGUAUACGGAUAAAGUGCUACAUCGUGCAAAUGACUCAGCAAAUAGUGACAGCGACACUCUUACGCAAUUUGGCAAUACUACAAACUCCAACACAUCUAGGCUUCCAGCGGGUUCUGGGAGCAGAACUGCAUUUCACAAUAAAGCCUCAUAUAAUGCGCAAGAAUACGAGAUGUUACCUAGUGGAAAACUGAUCAAGAAGCGACUGUCCACGACUGGCAAUGACGAUGCGCGGACACCCUUGACUCAAAAGUUGGGCAAGACGUUGCGAUUUAAAGUCAAGAACAAUGAGGAAGUUGAAGAUGUAGACGCUAUUAUCGCGGAACGUCUGAAAGAUUUGGAGUAA